AUGGUAAUUUGGACUCUAUUUUUUCUUCUACUAGUGUGUUCAUCACAAGAUAUUUCAGCCAAUCGAUCAGUUAUUGUCCAUACAAAAUAUGGUGAUGUGUUAGGAUACGAAACAGAUUUCGGCCGUAUAUUCUAUGGUAUUCCAUUUGCUCAGCCACCAAUUGGUCCUCUGAGAACAUAUGCAGAAUAUAUUACACCCACAGUUCUUCUUGCUGAAAAACUUAAUUGUACUAUUGGUGAUCUCGCAUGUUUUCGAACAGCUUCAUAUCAAGAUAUUGUUAUAGCUCAAACGGCAGUUAAUAGUAUGGUUACAUCGUUGAAAGCUCUACUCUUUUUUGAGCCGUGGCUUCCUGUUAUUGACAACAUACUUGUGCACGGUCAACUUCUUGAAAUGGUUUCCAAUGUAUCUUUUACAUUGAAACCACUGAUCAUCGGUACCUUGACCGAAGAAGCUUUAGGAUUUAUCUAUGACAUAUGGUCUACACCAGUAUCGCCUAGGCUGUAUGCAGAAGUUGGAAUUGCCAUAUUCGGUACUAAGUUUUUGAAAAUUAUUGAACGUUUUCCACCAGAAGGACCUGGCGAUCAACGUUCACUCCUGGCUCGACUUGCUACUCAAUGGAUAUUUGCUUGUCCAACACGUGUUUUUGCUCGUAAAGCAGCGACCUAUUCGUAUGUGUUUGGAUAUCCACUUCAGACGAAUGGUACAAUAAAUUCAUCUGGAUGUGACGGUCAUACGUGUCACGGCGAUGAAUUAGUGUUCCUGUUUGAAUCAUUCUGGGUUAAUUUAACUGAUGCUGAUCGAUACAUGUCUCAAACAUUAGCUACUUAUUGGACAAACUACGCUAAGAGUAAAGAUCCAAAUCAGCCAGUGCAAGCUUCUUUGAGAUGGCCCAAAUUCGUUCGUGGAUUUGAGCAAUAUCUGUACUUUCAAGACCCACUUCAAAUUCAAGAAAAAUAUCUACAGGACGAUUGUGACUUUUGGGACACAAUUGGCUAUAAAAAAAGUUGGGAUUGA